AUUUUGAAUGGUUCACGUCGGCAUUUGUAGAUCGAUGGCAAAAUUUCCAGUCAAAUUGUACGUUUACGACCUCUCUAGAGGUAUGGCAAGACAGCUGUCACCUUUUAUACUUGGUAAGCACGAUAAUAAUAGAAGACUGCUUAUUUUAUUAUGCGAGAAAUAUCCCAGCUGAAACAUCUUUUUAAUUUUGUGUUUCGCACCGUGACUCAGCAAAGAUGCGACUGUUAAACACUUAAUCCUUUGGAAUAAAAGCCCAGAGUUACUAAGUUUUAAAAUUCAGGGAAUAUUUUAAGGGCAAAUUAAACAUUUAUCCGACUUCAUCUUUUUAAUUACAACCGAGCCGCCAGGUCUGUUUAUUUGGUAUGUAGAUGUGAUACCGAGCCAGCUUAUUACAUCUUAUACCCCAUUCACACCAAAGCUUAAACAUGUUUUAAAGUUGUUUUGUUAAACACACUUUAAUUUUUUUUUCUUAGUAGAACCAACUUUACAUAAUAUUUUCUAUUUAAAAUAUAGCCCAUUGGAGUUUUUCCAGUUCUCUCUUUGUGAUUUUCAUUCAGUAAAAGUCAGUUUAACAAAACAUGUUUUGCUGGUGUGAAUAGGGUAUUAGUCUAACAUCUACUUAUACAUUUAUUAAGGUGGUGAAAUCUGUAUAUACACUAACUAUUAGUUAUUUUUUCUGCACUUGUAUCCAUAGGCAAGCAAAUCGAUGGGAUCUGGUAUGUGCUUAUCUUUUUCUGAAUAGAAUAUUGGGUGAUUUUUUUUUUCAUUCCUAGCCUAGAAUAUAUUUAAGAUUUUAACUGUACUGUGUGCUCUGUUAAUUACUCGCAUCGGUAGUAUGAUUUUGAUUUAUGAUUUUUAGUUUCCCUUGGCCCAUGACCUAACUAUUCGUAGAAAGUUUUAAAUGGCUAUGAACAAGGAGCAUUGCUUGGUUUGAAAUGUUUGAUCAGAAUCAAUCAUUUUAAGCAUUGUAGACACUGUAUAAUUACCUUUUCCAAUUUAGUCCUGACAAAGAUUAUCACUAAGAUCUGAAAACGAAUUCUCUCAACAUGUAACAAUAAAUCAAUGUGAUUUUGGCUGUUCCUAAGAAUUUGUUGCAAAUCAGGCCAAUAUCUUGAUAAUUGGAGAGAUUGCUUCAGUAUGACCUCAGAGCCUCAGAAUAGAUAUGACUUUCAGUAAUCUUGUUGCUUGACUACUUAGUGUCAUUCUACAAUUAAUUGCAAGUGAUCACAUGUAUGUAUUUUUUUUGUUUGUAAAUUAAAUUUACUUUUUGUCUCAUUCAGGACCAAGUGUGGAGUUAAAUGCUGUGUUAUUUUCUUUUGCCUUUUUUUUAUUAUCUUUUAAUACUUCUUUUAGGCAUACAGCCCUGGUGUGUUAUGAUAGGGAGUUUUUUUAUGGCGGUGACGGAAUAAACAGUUGUCUCCCAGUAUGUAAUAUCUUAAUCUUUUCUCUAACUACAGUAAUUCAAGAAAUACUGUAAGGUCUUGAAGUAAAUCUGGACUCCUGGCUCAACUCUGAAAUCUGAACAAGACAUUAUUAAUUUCUGGUAGCAUGACUGCUACAGCUUUCUUUUCUCUUUUACUUGUACCAUAGGUUACUCUCUACUGAUUGAAACAAUUUCUUUUUUUUGUUAGGGUGGAACAAUUCUUGGUAGUCCAGAUGAGGUUGUUGAUCUUGGUGAUACAGAAAUAACUCAAGAUCUUUUCAUUGAUUUUUUAAGUGCUGUUGGACAAGAAGAUUUUAGGUACAUAUUGAUUCACUUUAUGUCCUUUUUUUCAAUAAACUUGCAAGUAAAUGAAGCUCUCUUUACAAAGCUGUAGAAAUCACUAAACACUCAUUACUAACUUUUUGUUUUGAAUUGAUUAUCAGAGGAGAAAACUACAACUUGUUUGAACACAACUGCAACACCUUCUCAUCAGAAGUGGCCAUGUUUCUGACUGGGAAUAAAAUACCACAACAUAUUCGAGACCUUCCCUCAGAAGUUCUGAACAGGUAAAUGUGUACAAUAAACAACUAUUACUAACAGUAAUGAUAGAAUCAUUUUUAUACAGUAUGCAAGUUGAUUUGUUGACACAGGACAGCCUUAUGUUUGAAUCAGUGACCAAUAGUGGUGAAGGUCUCAGACCUUGAAUACAGGGAAAAGGGGCAGGAAGAAGGGUGUAUAUACUACUGUUUGUGGGAGGGAGCAUUGAUUGGGAGCCUAAUGGGGGUGUAAUAUACAGCUGGGGGUCUGAGGAUACUAAGAAUUUUGACCAUGAGGCAGGGUAAUUCUUGUUUUAUUUUUUUGCAAUGGCUGCAGUUUAGUCAUGGUAGAUUCAUUCUUAAAAAUUAAUAUAUUUUUUGGUGAUAAUCAAUAAAUAACUGCUGAACUGAAUUUUUUCAGUUCAUUUGGUCAGAUGAUAAGACCCAUGAUAGACUCUGUAUCUGUGAGGCCUUCAGGAGGCACGUCAAUAUCCCCUACACCAUCAACAUCAACAUCAAGAGCACCAGAAUCAAUAUUUGAGCCAAGAAAUGGUCCCCCUGGAAAGACUAAGCAAAGGGAACCACCAGAUGGCUGGUAAUUGGUCUAUUAGAUGAUGAUAAAAAUAAUUGAGAAACUGUACUAUUUAUUUUUGGGCUUGAGAAAUAACUUAAGCUUACUAAAAUUAACAUUUCUACAGUUACCAAAUGACUUUGCACAGAUACAUGCACCCUAAGAAAAAUUAUGGUUUUUAGGGUGUGUUUGCUGAUGGAGUUGUUAAAAAUUAGAGGAAUGGAGGGAACAAAUUGUUUAUCCACAGCUCUCUGGCUUGUUUCUAGAAGUGUUGCAUCAUUCUAUUGAACAGCUUCCAAACCAGUAACUAUGCAGGUUAAGUUAUAAGUUUGUGCUCACUGGCAUGUACAGUUGCUAAGGUAUUGGAUAUACACAAUGUACAUAGCACAUGUUGUAGGUGGACCGAGGUUAUCCUAAAUUUCUUAAAACUUUUAUAAUUCCUUUAUAUGUAAUAUCUAACCUAAAAGGAAUUUUAAGAGGUAUUUCAAACCUUAGAUCAGAUGAAAACGCGCACAUAUACCCAACAUGUACAUCAAUAUUUUUAAAAACUCCAAUUCAAAACCUGUCAAUUGUACUUGACAGAAUCUCUCAUGACCUUAUUUACAAUCAUUGAUAAUUAAUAAUUAGAAUUACUUUUUACAGACUGAGUAAGCUUGAUUCUUGGGCUAAUAACUGUUAUACUAAUAACUAUUUAAGAUUAACAAAUAGAGUAAGAUUAUCAUUCACCAAAUGAAGCAACUUAAUAGGAACUUACAUCUGUUCUGUAUUUAUUUAUUUAAUAUAUAUAUAUUUUUUUUUUUGGCUCACACUCUAGUCAAGGUGCCAUAUCAAGGAACCCUAAUGUUUAUAAGGAUGUUAAGGUAAGUUUUAAUACAAUAUGAUGACAAAAGAUAUAUGUUCAUAUGCUGUGUACCAAGUUUUUAAAUGAAGGUAUACUGCUGGUUAUUUUGGAUGACCACACAUAUAUUUGUUUGUCUCAAAAGGGCCCAUCAUUGAUAUCUGAUCUGAGAGAGUGUUUGAAAAAAAUGGAAUUGUCAGAUGAAGAUCUAAUUUACCUUGAUGAACUUAAAAGAUGCUUUGAAGCUAAAAACCUUUCAAAAGUGAAUGAGAGCCAAAUUAAAAAAUUAGGUAAGUUAUAUUUUGCAAUAGGUUUCGUACUGAAUUGAACCACACUGCAACAACAACCAGAUUCUUCAUCUUCUACAACUAUCAAACCCCUCUUUUAUUUAAAAAAAAUAUUAAUAUCACUUCAUUGGGCAAUAAAGUACUUUAUUCAGAUAUCAGUGAAUGAUCUACAUUCCUAUUAAAUAAAUACUGAUUUUUUUUCCUUCAGAUCAGCUUAUUGAUAAAUACCUGACAGAGGAAGGCAGCCAGGCACUACAUCUCACUUUAAAACUUCUGCAGUUGCUAUCACAGUGUGAAGAAUUGUUUUCAUCCUCCAAAGGUGAGAUGAUUGACUUAAAAUCGAUAUUUUGUUGACUAAGAACAUAUUCCAUCCCAUUUUCUUGUACUUCUAUGUUUUUACAAUUAUUCUCUCUUUUAUAAUUAGCAUAUGAUACCAGCAUGCAAACAUGCAUUGUAAAUUGUACGUGAAUUGUUACAGUAUCAGGCAAACCUGUGUCUCUGGGUUAAUUUUUAUGAUAUGAAGGGGGAGGAGAAUUUUUGAGUAUUACUCUGUGCUGAGUCCAUAAAUGUUAUGUACUUGUUUUAUCAUGAACAGGACUACAGGAGACUGUAAAAAAGGCCUGUGGGAGUUUCCCAAGCAUUCCAUCUUGUGCAACUCAAGUUGAGUGCAUCAAAUUGGUAAAUGAAACAUACUAUCAUAAAUGAUAUUGUUCAGGUCUUGAAUUCGAUAGAAGUCCGAGUCAGAAAUUAUCAAAUUUUUUAUGAAUAUCAUAGUGUUAGCCAAAGUUAUGUUUUGUUUCAUUUUGCUACCUUGAUGAUACAUUUUUUCUUUCGUGGCAGUUUUGCUGUGCUAUCAGCCAUCAGUCUGGUCACUCCUCCUUGCUUGGUGACAGUCACCCCACACCUCUUCCUGCUGUGACAAUCAAUUGUCUCCUCAGCAAAGAUUCGGAACUCCAAACUGUCGGGGCUGCUUUAGUUUCCAAUAUCGCAAGACUAAAGGUACUUGCGUGUUCAGUGUGUAUUUUAUUACAAUCAGCACUCCAAGUUGCAACCAUUUUGGUUGCUAGAUUUUCAGCGAAAGUAGUCAGCCAAAUAGCGGCUUGAAAACCUUGGGUUUGGACAACUGGUGACAUCUGUUUAUGAUCUUUGUGUAGCUACGUGCUUCUCACUGGUCUGUUUUUUCAUUUAGUCGUUCAUUUUUUUCGUACAUUUAAUAUAUAAUUUUUUUAACACUGAAACUGUUUUAUGAUUUUUCUCGAUCGUGAUUUAUUUUUAUUUAUUAUUUGUGCUCACCCAUCAGAUACACGAAGACAUUGCGUUAGAGUGUUCUACAGCCGUCAUUGAACUUUUAAACAGAAAUGUUUCUCCAGAGACAGGUAAGUUCUAUGGAGGGAGUUGGUUCUAAACAUCGUGUUUGCCACCGAACUGCGCAUUCCAAAAUGUCUUUUUUAGCCAGUAGUUUAUGACCAGUAGCUCGUUAUCUGAAGACUCCAGUGUUCAGUAAUUAACAAAAAGCGAGAGAUACAGUUCAAACUGGCAUGCGUGAACAGCGUUUCGUCCAUUUCUAAAUAUAGCAGGUAAUUUAGUGUUAACAACUGGGUUGAAAACGUAAAUUAGCCACCGUAAAGAGUAAAAAAGCUGACGUUUCGAGCGUUAGCCCUUCGUCAGAGCGUUAGCCCUUCGCCAAUCGCUCUGACGAAGGGCCAACGCUCGAAACGUCAGCUUUUUUACUCUUUACGGUGGCUAAUUUACGUUUUCAACCCAGUUGUUAACACUAAAUUACCUGCUAUACUCUCCCACCGACGCAGCACCACAGUUUCUUUAGAAACUUACCCCUUUAUUCAUUUCUAAAUAUAGACUGAAAGAAUGUGUUUAUGUGCCCCCCUUUUUUUUUAUCUUCAUUCUCGCCCCUGAUAGAUGUUUGUUAAGUGUUGGGACUCACUAAAGCAAAUCGCUGUUCGUUUUCAGAACAUAAUUGUCUGUACGCUUUAAGAAAAUUCAUGGAUUACAAUUCAGAGGUAACGUAAGAAUGUUGCUGUUCUUAAUGGUAUAUUAAUUUUGUUGUCUCAUUACAUUUUUUAAAUCCAUUCAUAGGUACAUUUUUUACCUGAGAAAAUAAUUUUUUUUGUUUAAUGUCAGGUGGCUGCCCUUGUAAGUGUUAUGGGAGUAAAUGUUGGCAAGUACAAAGGAAGAUCUUCUGAAGUUGAUGAACUUUGUAGAGAUUUGGAAAAGUUACUCAGCUGAUAUCAGCCUGAGACAUUGCGCACACAGAUGAUGAAAAAGAAAAUCAUAUUUGAAAUAAAAAUUUAAUUUCUGGCGAGAAAUUUUAACCCCUUCGUAGGUGGGUUGAGAAAUUAUUGCUUCAGAUGACGUCAUGUCUUCUUCGUAAACUCCGCCCGCAGCGUGGUCACACUAAGUUUUGGUCGAAUAAUAUUUCAGAGCUCGUAGAGCGUAGCACUGUAUCUGCAUCACCGCGUUGUUCAGCGGAUGAUUCAACACAAAGUAUGCACAAGAAAGUAAAGUAAAAGUUCCAACUAGAUCUUGGAACAAGGUUUCAUUUUUAGUGACCUGUUCCGGAAAUUCAUUGGGGAAGUAGAAGUUGAGAACAGAACUUUGGAACUGAAAAGAAAACAACAUGUAGAUUAAAACAAGUUAUUACCUCGUCAGCUGAAAAUCUUCAACAUAGAUUAGCUUGCAAUUAUUUGGCUGAGGCGAAGUGAAUGUUGUGUACAAAAUUCAACGAGCCUCAAGGCAGGUAAUUGUCUUAAUGAAAUUUCAAAACGAAGCAAGUUUUACAAACAAAAAGUGUAUAUAAAAAUAUUUCUGCCUGUCAUCAUUUAAGAGAGCAUGCCUUGACAGGAGUUUUCUUGGUAAAUUGCUUUUACGGCGUGCUCGUUGAUUAUUUAAAGUUUUCAAAUAUUUUAAAUGCUUUAAACUCAAGUAAGAUGUCAAAUUUCUUUACUCUGACAUUUUCAUGUUUGUUACUGAACGACUUGGAAAUAAACGAAC